UGAAAGAAACCUUUUCUAGCUAACUGAAAGGAAAGAAUCUGAAGAUUAGUUACUAGCCUCCUUUCCAUUUUUUUCAAGAUCGGACUGAAUCAUGUUUCCAUUGGUGCUUUUUUCCACCUUGUUUUCUCCGAUAUUUACUGACCCGAAGGAGCGACACUGGGUCUGCAACACCUCCACGUUCAGUGCUUGGUACACCUACUGUGAUAACGUGCACUAUCCUAUUUCUCUGAGUAUAAAUCCCUGUGUGCCACUGAGGGGAAACAAAGGAUAUAUGCAUAUUUCCUACAUUCCAAGAGCAGACACAACACAAUUAUAUUUUAAUCUCUAUAUGUCUUUUAAGUCCAUGGAGCUUCCAAAGCGCAAAGAAAUUAUUUGCCGAGGAUCUGAUGAUGAUUAUUCUUUUUGCCGAGCCAUGAAAGGAGAGACUGUGAAUACAACGGUAUCAUUUUCCUAUAAAGGACUUUCGUUUUCUAAGGGACAAUACACCUGUGUGGCAGAAGCCAUCGCUGGGAUCGAUGAGCAAAUGCUCUUCUGCUUGAAUAUCACCGUCUUACAGCCCUAAUUCAGUUAGAAUAAAUCAUGUCUCUUAUUGUUUCAAA